CGUUUAAAGAUGGCGGCGGCGGCGGCGCCGAGAGGGGCACGGUGGUCGUGAGGCGGCCGCGCUCGGCCUCGCUCGCAGCCCCGGCGCAGGAGCGGCGGCGCCACCGGGGAUGGCUCAGGUUGAAAGAAGAAAAGGAGACCUGCUUGUCCAAUGAAGAUGCAGUCUUAGUCUUCAGCUAUUUAAGCUGAAUGCAUUGUGAUUUCCAAUAAUUGAGACAGUGAUUCUGAAAGCUGUCUACAUUAAUGAAAAGAACAAUGUAGUCAGCUUAACUGAAUCAUCAGUGUUGCAUAUUGAAUAGAACACGAUAAACCAAUCCCGAUGGACUUGUGCAUGUUAGGAGUAUAGAUAUAAACAUUUAUUAAAGCGUUGGUUUGGUUUUUUAAGAGACAGUAGUUUUAAAAAUGGAGAACUGUGAAGGUGUACCACCCCUCCCUAAAGAACCCGCGAGGGAAAUGAGCGUGGAGAAUCAGAGUUGUCCCCCACCUCUGCCGCCCAACGAACAGCCUCCACCACCUCCCCUGCAAACGUCCAGUGACGCAGAGGUAAUGGACGUUGGCUCUGGUGGUGAUGGACAGUCAGAUAGCCCUGCUGGGGACACGCCCGGGCUCGGCAGGACUCAGCUGCUCACCAAGGGAUCUGCCUGCUACAAGAGCCGCCUCCUCGUGGACCCCGCCGGCGGCGACCAGAGCCCCAGAACCGCUCGUCACGCCCCGUCGGUCCGCAAGUUCAGCCCAGAUCUUAAGCUGCUGAAGGAUGUGAAGAUUAGUGUUAGCUUUACAGAGAGCUGCAAGAGCAAAGACAGGAAAGUUCUGUACACUGGAGUUGAGCAGGAUUAUAAGGCAGACGCAGAGUUUGGUGUUAAUAAUGUCAAUGGGGAUUUGCAUGUUUGUCCUUUCGGUGGUGGUAAUGGUAAAGCUGUAGGAAUAGGGGGAGACAGUGAGGACAAGAAGGAGGAUGAAAAUGAUAUUGAUCAGGAAAAGAGAGUGGAAUAUGCAGUUCUGGAUGAGCUAGAAGACUUUACCGACAAUUUGAUGGAAAUAGAUGAAGAAGGAGGAGGGUUCACAUCUAAAGCAAUCGUUCAAAGAGAUAAAGUGGAUGAAGAAACUUUGAAUUUCUCAUAUGAGGAUGACUUUGAUAAUGAUGUGGAUGCUCUGCUGGAAGAGGGUCUUCGAGCACCCAAAACAAGGAGACUAGAUAAUGAGAAAUACGGGGGUGAGAGCGAUCACCAGUCUGAUGGAGAAACGAGUGUGCAGCCAAUGAUGACCAAAAUUAAAACUGUCCUGAAGAGUCGUGGCCGCCCUCCUACAGAGCCUUUGCCAGAUGGAUGGAUCAUGACAUUCCAUAACUCGGGCAUUCCUGUAUAUCUGCACAGAGAAUCCAGAGUGGUUACCUGGUCUAGACCUUAUUUCUUGGGAACAGGAAGCAUAAGGAAACAUGAUCCUCCCCUUAGUAGCAUUCCUUGCUUUCAUUACAAAAAAAUGAAGGAAAAUGAGGAAAGGGAACAAAACAAUGACAUAACCCCCAAUGGGGAGGUAUCACCUGUAAAGCAUCUAGAGAAAUCCUCAGAACUGGACUGCCAAACAGAAGAACCAGAUUCCACUGCUGCUGAUUCUGGGCCUUUAGAUGACAAAGACCCCUCUGGGGGAGAUGCAGCACAAGGAGCCUUGGGACAAGUUAAGGCCAAAGUUGAAGUAUGUAAAGAUGAAUCUGUAGAUCUGGAGGAUUUCCGGCGCUACCUGGAGAAGCGCUUUGACUUCGAGCAGGUGACGGUGAAGAAGUUCCGGACGUGGGCGGAGCGGCGCCAGUUCAACCGCGAGAUGAAGCGCAAGCAGGCGGAGGCCGAGCGGCCCAUCCUGCCUGCCAACCAGAAACUCAUCACCCUCUCUGUGCAGGAUGCACCUAUCAAGAAAGAAUUUGUCAUUAAUCCCAAUGGGAAGUCUGAAGUUUGCAUACUGCAUGAAUAUAUGCAACGAGUCCUGAAGGUUCGCCCUGUUUACAAUUUCUUUGAAUGUGAGAACCCAAGUGAACCUUUUGGAGCCUCAGUUAUUAUUGAUGGAGUAACUUAUGGGGCAGGAACUGCCAGCAGCAAAAAACUUGCCAAGAAUAAAGCUGCUCGAGCUACACUGGAAAUCCUUAUUCCCGACUUUGUUAAACAGACCUCUGAGGAGAAGCCCAAAGACAGUCAAGAACUUGAGUAUUUUAACCAUAUCAGUAUUGAGGACUCACGGGUAUAUGAACUCACCAGUAAAGCUGGACUCUUGUCUCCAUAUCAGAUUCUCCAUGAGUGCCUUAAAAGAAACCACGGAAUGGGAGAUACAUCCAUCAAGUUUGAAGUGAUUCCUGGGAAAAAUCAGAAGAGUGAAUACGUGAUGACGUGUGGGAAGCACACGGUGCGAGGCUGGUGCAAAAAUAAGAGAGUGGGGAAGCAAUUGGCUUCCCAGAAAAUCCUGCAGCUCCUGCACCCCCACGUGAAGAACUGGGGCUCUCUCUUGCGGAUGUACGGGAGGGAGAACAGCAAGCUGGUUAAACAGGAAACCUCUGAUAGAAGUGUGAUAGAGCUUCAGCAGUAUGCCAAAAAGAACAAGCCAAAUCUGCACAUCCUGAACAAGUUACAGGAAGAAAUGAAAAAACUGGCACAGGAAAGAGAGGAAACACGAAAGAAACCCAAGAUGACAAUAGUGGAGUCGGCUCAGCCUGGGAGUGAACCUCUCUGCACUGUUGAUGUGUGAGGAGAAAAUGCAAGUGGGGAGCAAUAACACAAAUGGAGGAACUAGAUUUUCAACAAUUAUUUAAAAAUUGUUUGCUGCAGAAUGCAAGAUAACUUUUAAAAUCCAAGCUGCUUCAGUUAUGCAUUGUUCUUUUUGCAUCAUCAGGGCAAUAUUACUUUUUCCUAGUUUCUUUUUCUUUGGUUAGGUAUUUUUCCUUUUUUAAUACCUCUGAGAUAUGUACGUUUAAAGGAUCGAUCAUAAAGGUCUCUUACUGGGCAAAUGCACAGAGCACAGGCAUGUUCACACAGGAUAAAAUCAAUCAAGCACUUUUUUCCUGGAAAGCCAUCCAUGUUGUUUGAAAUGGAUGUAUUUUAAGUAUGAAAUUCAGAAUAUCUAUGUACAGGUUGAAGCCGAUAUUAUAUAUAUACACAUUCAUAUAUAUGUAUAUAUAAAAGAAAUAUAUGUACAUCUUCUUGUAUGAACAUGCCUAAAACUAUUUUUGUGAAAAGUUUUGUUGCAUUUCAGCACAUAAUAAUAUGCACUGAUAAGACACUUUGGUGACAAAUACAGGAAAGUGAUGAGCAAUGUUCCUAAUGCCAUAGGAUUAGGCCAGUAAUGCUGUUUUUGUUUUACUUUUUGUCUCCUGCCAGGCUUAGAUAUUUGAGAGCACAGGAUAAACAUUUUUUUACUACUUGAAAAGAACAAGUACACCUGGUAGUGUUAAGAGUAACAGAUUGGAUAUCCAAAAUUACUGGACUUUAUUUGUAAUGAAAAGAGCCUGUGUUAGUUUACAGAUCACUUGAACGGGGAAAAUACGGCCCUAGUUGUAUGAUUAAAAUAAAAACUGUAGUUUGAAA